GAGAAGCCCAGUUAUCCUUAUAAGCGUUAAUAUUUUAUAGAAUUCUUCAAAUCCAGAGAUCCACUGUUAGAUGCACAUCGCAGACUAGACAUUGCUCACCAUGAUGUCAGCGCUCGCAUUUUCAAAACACAUUCGUGAGGAGUUUGAGCUGCCGGGGGAACAGGCUAGUGGUGUUUUUGCUUUCGGCUCAUCCACAGCAGAAGGACUCAACAUAGGCCACAUUGAAAAAUAAAAUGAAGAUCAGGAUGGUUGCUGCAUCUUCGUCACCCUCAGUGAGUGGUGCGCAAUGGAGUAUUUCUGAUCUCCGAUAUUGGGGAUACAUUUUCUUCUUUUUCAUCACAUGAUUGUCGAUAUUAAUUUAUCAGGUCCAAAGGACCCAACCUCAGGAUCGCCAAUCGGCAUCAUUCUUGGAUAGAGUGGACCAAUCAGCGACCGUCUUUGAUGAAUAUUCAUGAUCCCUGAUUCAAACCUUUGAGCGAGUUUGUCUAGACCCAGUGCAUCAUACCUAGACUUUUCACAGAGACAAACUACAUUUUCUUAUGAAUGGAAAGAGAAAAAAUCAGUACAGCUUAAAUUGGGAUCCAUCCUUCACUGAGAUCAUAGAAGAAAACAAAAAAGGAAGAGGAGAGAUCCGCCAGAAGAGAUGACAAUGACUACAAUACCAGAAAGUCUUAAUAGCCCUGUCACAGGAAAACCCGUUUUCAUGGAAUUUGGGCCACCGAGUCAACAAAUGUCGCCUUCCUCAAUGUCUCACGGACACUAUUCCAUGCACUGUUUACAUUCUGCUGGUCAUACUCAACACGAGAGCUCGUACAGUCCAGCCUCAUCUUUUCCUAGAUCUUUAGGUUAUCCAUACGUUAACUCCGUCGGCAGCCAUUCCUCAAGUCCAUAUCUCAGUACAGUGCAGUCGUACCAAAACAGCUCGGCACUAACACAGACACAGUUAGAAGAUACAGCACCAGAGACAGAGAAGAACACAGUUGUAGAAGGCGGAGAGGUACGGUUCAAUGGGAAAGGGAAAAAGAUUCGCAAACCAAGGACUAUCUAUUCCAGUUUGCAGCUACAGACUCUAAACAGAAGAUUUCAACAAACUCAAUAUUUGGCACUGCCAGAGAGAGCCGAGCUGGCAGCUUCAAUGGGACUCACGCAAACACAGGUAAAGAUUUGGUUUCAAAAUAAGCGAUCGAAGUUCAAGAAACUGAUGAAGCAAGGUGGUGGAACAAUUGACAACAACACUUUAGCCCAGUUUAAUGGUCGCAUAUCUUCGACUGGCUCUCCGGUAGCACCGGUUUGGAGCUCACCGACCACGGUGAAAACAUCCGUGGGUACACCAGGGUCUUACAUUCCAAGUUACACCUCAUGGUAUCCAACUGCACACCAAGAGUCUAUGCAGCAACCGCAACUAAUGUGAACAUAACAGUGAGAUAAAAGACCUGCCCCGCCCUCUAUACUAUCAUGGCCCAUAUCAGGAGAUUUUGGGUCAACCACCCAGCGUGGCCUUGCACUGUCCCGCUGCAAACAUGCACAGAUGUAAUCCGGAGUUUGCUCCCAAAGUUGCCAGCUGACAUGUCGGCCUCCUCAUGCCGACCGACGGGACAGAGAACAAGAGCCCUGUGAGCCGAGGGACUGAAAAGGCACCGUUCGCGCCCGAGGGCAACAAGUCCUUUCAUGUCACCGACAGACACCGGAAAUUGUUAUGAAAAAUGGGUCCUCAAGCUGCUCUUAUUAUCUUUUGUGACAUUUUAAUAGGCUAUGUGUUAAAGUAAAUAUAUUGAGCUGUAACAAGUCAGUGAGAGUAGGCUAUAUUUAUGUAUCCUAUGUUUGAUUUUAAGAUUUGCUUAAUUUCUUAUCCCAAUUAUGAUUUUAAAAAAUGGCGUAUGAAGCCGCACGUUUCCAAGUAUCAGAUGUAGGUCAUGCAUCUCCAACGAAGGUCAACAUAGUGAUUUGACCAUGACCUUAAAACCUUGAUUUCAAACAGACAAAACUACCACUGGUCUACAAUGUAACUUUGACCAACGAAUGUAGGCCAAUCCAAUUAAUAGUCUUAUCAUUUUGAUGGGCAUGGAAUCGAAUAUCGAGUCCAUCCCUUAGUUCUUUCCUGCGCCAUUGCGCUAGCCACAUGUUGCUACCAUGCUGUUUUGUGUGUUAAUUUAAGUUAAAUUAUUUAGUUUUUUCAAAGUCUGUGUGUUUAUUUAAUAUGCAGGUGUGUUUGACUUAUGAAACGACAACAAAGUGUUGUAAAUGCUGCUCUAAUGCAAGCAAAACUCCUCUUCUACGACGGGAGCCCCAAACAUUAUGUGAAAAAAGUUUAAAUGGCUAGUGGCUGCUUGAGAAGAGCACUAAGUUGAUCCCGAAGAUGAAAAUAUGGUUUGUCAUUGUUUGUUAUGUGUUGCGCGGGUGGUUGUACAUAAGGACAAGAUAUAAUAUGAUUUUUUUCAGCUUUGGUUUGUGCUGUAGCCUAAUGAUACAUUGUGAAAUAGGGUUUUUGUGUGUUCAUUAAGAUGAAUGUGUUAAGCAGUCUAUAGAAAUAUUUAGUUUUGUAUUGAUCACUUUAAUUUAUUGCUUUGUUUUAUUGAAGUUAUGUACAUAUUGUUGAAAACAGUAAAAAAAAGUAUGAUUUAAAAGGACAGUAUAACGGUGUCAGUAAUAUUGUGUUUAUAGGCAUGGUGCUGGCCUAGCCAGUGGGGUGGUGGUAACGAUUAGAAAGUAAAGUGAAACCCUAAAACAAGUCCAUGUAGGCUUGCGAUGUGACAGCUAUUUCUUCAGGACGUUAUAUUUAAAACGAAAUCGGUGGUAAGAUACAAUGUAAUAAAAUAAAGCCUCUAUGGUUACUCA